GCGGACUCAGCCGCCGAUCGCUCCACUUCGUGUCGCUCACCCACGCACUCACUCACCGACCCACCCACCCACGCACCCGUCUUUCGCGAUGCGCACCGGACUGCUUUUCUCUUUGGCUCUGGCUCUGUGGGUCAACGCCUGGGCGGCCAGCCACCCUUACCAACAGAUCUUGCAGCACAGCCGAAUCCGGGGCAGACACCAAGGUCCCAAUGUUUGUGCUGUGCUGAAACUCAUUGGAACCAACAAGAAAUACUUGCCAAGUUGCAGAAUGUGGUACCAGAAGAAAAUAUGUGGAAAAUCAACAGUGAUUGCUUAUGAAUGUUGUCCUGGAUAUGAAGAAGUUCCUGGAGAAAAAGGCUGCCCGGCUGCUUUGCCACUUGUCAAUCUUCAUGAGACACUUGGAGUUGUUGGAGCCACCACCACUCAGCUCUAUUCUGCCAGCUCUAACCUGAGUGCUGAAAUCACAGGGCCUGGCAGCUAUACCAUGUUUGCCCCCACCAAUGAGGCCUGGGCAUCGUUGCCUGCUGAAAUGUUGGAUUCAUUGGUGAGCAAUGUCAAUAUUGAGCUGUUAAAUGCUCUGCGGUAUCACAUGGUAAAUAGACGAAUCCUAACAGAUGAGCUAAAACAUGGGCUUUCUCUCCCUUCAAUGUACCAGAAUAUUGAUAUCCAGAUUCAUCAUUACCCAAAUGGAAUUGUGACUGUGAACUGUGCUAGAUUGCUGAAGGCUGACCAUCAUGCUACCAAUGGAGUAGUCCAUCUGAUAGACAAAGUCAUUUCUACAACAUCAAACAGCAUCCUGCAAGUUGUAGAGAUUGAAGAAAGUCUCGAAACUCUUAGGGCUGCUGUGGCAGCUGCUGGUCUAAACAAUCUUUUAGAAGAUGAAGGUCAGUUUACAUUAUUAGCACCAACCAAUGAAGCUUUUGAGAAGAUUCCUAAAGAAACGCUUAACAGGAUCCUGGGAGACCCGGAAGCUCUGAAAGCACUGCUGAACAACCACAUCUUAAAAACAGCUAUGUGUGCUGAAGCUAUUAUUGCCGGUUUAUCCAUGGAAACCCUGGAGGGUAAUAUGUUGGAAGUAAGCUGUUCUGGUAAUCAGCUGACUCUCAAUGGAAAACCCAUCAUUGCUGACAAGGAUAUAAUGGCAACCAAUGGAGUGAUACACUUGGUCAAUGAACUUCUCAUCCCAGACUCUGCUAAAACACUGCUGGAGUUGGGUAAGGAAUCCGAUGUUUCAACAUCUAUUGACCUUUUUAGACAAGUUGGUCUUGGUUCACAUCUUACUGGAAAUGAGCGUUUGACAGUCCUGGCUCCCAUCAAUUCUUUCUACAAAGAUCAUAGUCCUUCGGUAAAUAGAAAUUUGCUCCAAGAUCAUAUAAUUAAAGAGCAGCUUUCUUCUAAAUAUCUUUUCCAUGGACAGAAGCUAGAAACUCUGGGUGGCAAAGAACUGAGAGUAUUUGUGUACCGCAAUAAUCUCUGCAUAGAAAAUGCUUGUAUUGCUGCCCAUGACAAGAGAGGAAGAUUUGGCACUUUGUUUGCGAUGGAUAAGAUGCUAAUUCCCCCCGUAGGAACUGUUAUGGAUGUGCUCAAAGCAGACAAUCGCUUCAGUACCCUAGUGGCUGCCAUCCAAUCUGCAGGCCUAACUGAAACACUGAAUAGGCCAAGAUCCUUCACAGUGUUUGCACCGACAAAUGAAGCUUUCCAAGCCAUGCCUCAAAGGGAGCUGAACAAACUUAUGGGUAAUGCAAAAGAACUUGCCAACAUCCUGAAGUACCACAUUGGGGAUGAAAUUUUAGUGAGUGGAGCAGUCGGUGCUGUUGUAAGAAUCAAGUCUCUGCAGGGUGAUAAAUUGGAAGUCAGCUCUAAAAACCGCAUAAUAAAUGUCAACAAGGAGCCUGUUGCCGAAGCUGAUAUUAUGGCUACCAAUGGUGUGAUUUAUGCAGUGAAUACUAUCUUAAAACCCCCAGCUGCUAAAACUAAUGAAAGAAGUGAUGAACCUGCAGAUCAUUCUCCGGAAAUCUUCAGGCAUGCCUCUGCAUUAUCCAAGGUUUCGCUAAGGGAUGCUCGGCUUGCUCCUGUGUAUUCCAGAUUGUUAGCCAGGAUGAAGCAGUAAAGUGACAGCUAAUCUACAUGUCAAGCACAAUCAAGAAUUCAGCUAAUUUUUACUGCUGAACGCAAGGCCUAAAUUAAAACAGAACCAAACACCACCAUGUAGGUGGAAUUAUCUUUACACAAAAAUGAUCUUCUUUUCAAAUUGAAAUAAAGGAAAGAAAAUGAAAGCCACACACACACACGCACACCCCAGAUACACUCAUCAUUUAAUAAGAUUAAUUUGUCCUCAAUGGUAGCUGAUAAUUUAGGGAAUAUCUAUUCCAAAAUGAUUUAGGCCAGAUGAGCUUAAGCAAAGAAUGCUUUUACUGGAUAGUCACAUAAAUGUAUAUCUCUCAGGUUAGCACUUCCAAAAGAAACCACCUGGUAUUUGUAGGUGCUAUCAGAAAUAGAACAAGGUAUCAUAUGCUCGGCCCAUCCAUUAAACUGUUUUGCCCAAUGCCUUAUACUUCACUGGGCAAAAGCUGUUUCAAUUCUCAAAGGAACAGCUUUUCCAUGUCUUCUGAUGGAACUUGUUAGCUAGUGACUGUGCCUUGGAUCUUAUGUACAUAACCCUGCUCUGUUCCACUGAAUAGGUUUCUCCCAUAAAUUAUUUUUUCCAGAGGUUUCUAUGACAUAUUUGGGCUUUAGCUGCAGAAAAUGAAGAAAUUGAGCACUCUAGUCUAAAUAAUUCUCAGGUUGGCUUCCAUUUUGUUUUUCUAUAUUCUGUCUAUAGACCAAAGUGCAAUCACUUAAACUAUACUUUCUCAUUCACUUCUAAAACAAUUGGUGGAACUCAAGAGUCUAAACUAUAUUUAUGUUCUCAAAGCCAAUGAGAUUAAUAGUCAAUUUUUUUGUAAGGUGCUAACAAUAGGAUUUUGUUUCUACAUAGUUUUGUCAAGGAAUAUUUUUGGCUAGAGUCAGAGAACCAUCUAACAUUCAUGUACAUAUAUACUGGCAGAAUCAUUAGCUUCUACUUAUGUAUUAGGAAUCUUUAAAUUGUAAUGCUCUUUUUAAAAUUGCACUCUUUUUAAAAAAAAUACUGUAGAAUAAAUUUCCAGGUUUAA